CCCAUUGGAGCCAGCGGUGGUGGCGAUCUGGCUCCGUGUGGUUGGGAGUCGUCGGGAGCUCCGUAGCUGCAUGCGUCCAACUCGCCCACCACCCCCACCACCACAAUCAACAACAACAACCACCACCACCACUAAGCCACCACCCCCCCCACCUCCACCAUCAGUCGCUGGGUUUCGGUAACGUUUUGGGCGAUUGGCACUUUUAAGUAAAAAAAAAACGUCGCGCCUGUAAGUUCAGAAGAGUUUGGCGAAGGAACGCCACCGAUCGCGAAGGGUAGGAUGGACGCAGACAAGGUGUUGCCAAGUGUCCAUAUCAACAGCAGCAAGGAGGACACUGACCACAGGAAGAAGCGCUUCACAGUGUACAAAAUGAUGGUGUGCAACGGAGGACAGUCCUGGUUUGUGUUCAGGCGCUAUGCAGAAUUUGACAAACUCUACAACACUUUAAAGAAACAGUGUCCAAAUAUGACAUUGAAAAUUCCUGCGAAGAGGAUUUUUGGCAAUAAUUUUGAUCCAGACUUCAUCAAGCAGCGUCGAGAGGGGCUCGAAGAAUUCAUUCAGAAGUUAAUGAGCACUCCAGAGCUUUGCCAGACCACAGAUGUCCAAGACUUCCUUAAAAUGGACAACCCCAGAAAUCAGCCAGACUUUCACGACGUUGGCAUUCACAGUGACAUGAACAAUGGCUCUGAAGAAAUCAACCUCGGCCCUUCUGGAGACCCGCUGGCCAAACCUUCAGACUUUAAUUUCCUGAAUGUCCUUGGCAAAGGGAGCUUUGGCAAGGUGCUGCUUGCAAGGCACAAAGUCGAUGAGAAAUUCUACGCUGUCAAAGUGCUACAGAAGACUGUUAUAUUACAAAAGAACGAGCAAAGGCACGUGAUGGCUGAGAGAAACGUACUCUUAAAGAACUGCAACCACCCUUUUCUAGUCGCGCUCCACUACUCCUUCCAGACGAACGACAAACUCUACUUCGUGCUGGACUAUGUGAACGGCGGGGAGCUCUUUUUCCACCUACAACGGGAGCGCACGUUCCCCGAGCAUCGUGCUCGCUUCUACGCAGCCGAGAUCGCCAGCGCCAUCGGUUACCUGCAUUCCCUCAACAUCAUCUACAGGGACCUGAAACCUGAAAACAUUCUGCUGGAUUCUGAGGGGCACAUCAAACUAACAGACUUUGGGCUUUGCAAAGAAGGCAUGGAGUCAACGGAGACUACGACCACAUUCUGCGGCACUCCGGAGUAUCUCGCCCCAGAAAUACUGCGCAAGGAGCCGUACGACAGAACCGUCGACUGGUGGUGCCUAGGGUCCGUCCUCUAUGAGAUGCUGUUUGGCUUGCCUCCGUUUUACUGCCGCGACGUGCCAACGAUGUACGACGACAUCCUGCACAAGCCACUGCUGCUGAGGCACGGCAGCCCCGCCGCACACAACAUCCUGGAGGGGCUGCUCCAGAAGGAAAAGCGUUACCGCCUGGGCUCACACAAUGACUUUAAGGAUAUUAAGCAGCACGUUUUUUUCAUCUCCAUCGACUGGCUGAAACUGGAUGCGAAAAAAGUGGUGCCACCCUUCAACCCAAAAGUGGAUGGGCCCGAUGACCUGCGUCACUUUGACCCGGAGUUCACGGAGGAGUGCGUGACGGCUUCCAUCAGCCAGCCCGUGCGCGUGAGCGUCAAUGUGAUCGAGGCGGACGAUGCCUUCCUGGGCUUCUCGUACGUGCCACCCUCCAACUCCUUCCUGUAGCCCCCUCACCCCCCCCCCCAGCCGCCCCCUUGCGCAUAUCCAAGAUCUGAUCCGGCCCCUGGAACAUGGACGCUGUUUCAGCAGCGAUGUUACAAAAGGCUGUCACAUAUUCCCUGUUUACUUGUCAAUAUUUUUUGUAUUACACCAAAAUCUCACUGCACUGAGGAAGAUGACACCAUGACACACACCCUUGUAUUUUUUGUUUAUAUCUCAAAUGUUGUGUUGAUAAAGGCAAAGGAGGUUAAGACUGCCAAUUAACGGAACGUCCCACUUGAAUGCUCAUUGUGAUAUGCCCCUUUAUAACUGGGUUAUUAAAGUGCUUCUAAUGCUCAUAAAAAAGUGCAUAGGAAGAUGCGUAGGAUGUGCGUGCAUGCUUCAGCUUGAGCGUGUCUAACUUGCGGGGUUGAGGUAUAAUGUGCUCCUGUACAGCUCAAAGUCGUCUAAAUGCACAAUGUGAGGGGGGGCGGUAGAGUGUGCACUCAAGUCCUGUGAGGCGUUUAUUUUUGCAAAGCAGUGCUUUGUCAAAGUUUAUUAAUGAUCACAUGUUUCAACUAUUUCGGUUGGUAAUGUGUAGAAUGUUGAACAACUUUCUUGUCUGGGUCAUGCAGAUAAUGCUAAAUAAGUUGUAUUUGAUUCGCUUUGCAAACGUAUUCCACAUAUACUGUUAAACGUUUAAAUUUCACGUGACGUUAAUAUGUAAGAUAUUUGAAAGGUUUACCAGCAAUUUAAGCAUUUUCAAUUUUUGACGAUUGGAAUGUAAUAUGCCUCCUUUUCGAGGGUUUGAUUUUUUUUAAAGCAUUAUAUAUAGCACAAGCUACACAAAUAAGUUGAGACUCAAUCUAUUCCAUUGUAGAAUUUCUUACGUUCUGUACCACAAUUGGCAUACAGUUAAAAAAUAUUACGCAUUUAUAUUGAAUGUAAAGAAAACAGUAAUAGUUGCUUUUUUUAUAUAUAUAAAUGUAGGGUACGUUCAAUAUUGUUUUCAUUGGUUGACGAUCUUUUAAUAUUCCUGCUAUGCUUCAUGUUUUUUUCAAAAUAUUAUGAUUUAUGGUGGCCAAAAUGUUUUGAUUAAUUUCACUUUUCCAAUUAACAGGGAGAGAUUAUUGAUAUUUUCAUGGUCUUAGUUUCUUUGUAUCGUACUAAUGUAUAUUUAAUGCUGAAGCUCAUUAUGCCAGAGAAUUAUGGUGGAAUCACAAACGUUUGAGCUGACAAUCACUGUAUCAUAAAUGCAUGAUAAUUUUAGGCUUUGAAAGGGGCGAUUUGUGGAAUUACAUUAAUAUUUUUUUAUCCAUUUAUGUAUACUAUAUGUGUGAUUAUUUUAAAUUCUCGAUGGUUCUUUUGACGGUAAGAGUUUGAUAUUUUUUCACAUUUAGAUGGUUUCAACAAAAUACUGUUUGAAAUGGGAACGGAAAACUUAAGUCCACAAUAUUGUACGGUUCUACAAGUGGAAAAAUAUUACGCAUUAAUGUGCCUUUCACACAUAUUGCAAGCUGGGAGAGCCCCAUUAUUUGGGGAAACAGCUGUUUUUGUCUGAAUGUUUACUAAAACCAAGCAUUUAAUAAACUCAAAGACUCA